AUGACCCUGUCGGGCGGCGGCAGCGCCAGCGACAUGUCCGGCCCCGCCGUCCCGGCGGCCGAGGAUGUGGAUAUCGACGUGGUGGGCGAGGGCGACGACGGGCCGGGCAAGGACAGCGAGGGCGAGGCCGGCAGCCCCGCCGCCCUGCCGCGCCUGCCGCUGGACGAGGCGGCGGAGCUGGCGCUGCCCGCGGAGGCGGGCGCGGAGAGCGGCAGCAGCGGCAGCGGGAGCCCGGCCGGGACGGCCCCCGGCGGCGCGGCCGAGGGCGGCAAGGGGGGCGGCGAGGAGGGGGCGAGCGGCGGCGGCGGCGGGGCAGCGGGGCAGAGCAAGCCCAAGAGCAGCCUGGUGAAGCCGCCCUACUCGUACAUCGCCCUCAUCACCAUGGCCAUCCUGCAGAGCCCGCAGAAGAAGCUGACGCUCAGCGGCAUCUGCGAGUUCAUCAGCAACCGCUUCCCCUACUACCGGGAGAAGUUCCCCGCCUGGCAGAACAGCAUCCGCCACAACCUCUCCCUCAACGACUGCUUCGUCAAGAUCCCCCGGGAGCCCGGCAACCCGGGCAAGGGCAACUACUGGACGCUGGACCCGCAGUCCGAGGACAUGUUCGACAACGGCAGCUUCCUCCGCCGCAGGAAGCGCUUCAAGCGGCACCAGCAGGAGCACCUGCGGGACCAGACGGCGCUGAUGAUGCAGGGCUUCGGCGCCUACGGCCUGGCCGGACCCUACGGCCGCCCCUACGGGCUGCACCCCGGCGCCUACACGCACCCCGCGGCGGCCGCGGCCGCGCUGCAGUACCCCUACAUCCCCCCGGUGGGGCCCAUGCUGCCGCCCGCCGUGCCGCUGCUGCCGUCCAGCGAGCUCAGCCGCAAAGCCUUCAACUCGCAGCUCAGCCCCAGCCUGCAGCUGCAGCUCAACAGCCUGGGCGCCGCCGGCUCCAUCGUCAAGUCGGAGCCCAGCAGCCGCCCGUCCUUCAGCAUCGAGAACAUCAUCGGCGUGCCCGCCGCCAGCUCGGCCGCCAGCGCGCAGACUUUCCUGCGGCCGCCGGUCACCGUGCAGUCGGCGCUCAUGGCCCACCAGCCGCUGGCGCUGGCCAGGACCACCGCGGCCAUCGCCCCCAUCCUCAGCGUGCCUACCAACAUCAUCGCGGGGCAGUUCCUGCAGCCCGCGGCCCCCGCCGCCGCCGUGCAGGCCAAGUGGCCGGCGCAGUAGCCCCGGGCAGCGCCCCGGGGAGCCCCGGCCGCCCCCUCGGGGCUCCGCGGCCGC